AUCGCACUGACCCUAAUGCAAGUACGUGCAGAUCACCAAAACAACAACAACAACAACAACAACGAUGCCGAAGAGGUGGAUAGGGAGGCAGCCACACGGUCACCAUCACCCAACGAACAACAGGUUGUGAGCGAUGUACAAAACAGUGAGCAAGUUGUCUACAACCUACGCAGGGGGAGGACAAUACGCCCCUUCCCCACUAACCAACGAAGAAGAAGACAACUCAGGAGACAACCGUCACCCAUCCGGAUACGGGUACCCACUACCCAAAGCACUGAGGAGCGCCGACAGAACCUGAUGCAACGUAGCCUAUUGCAGCGUAGGGGACAUCCACCCCUUCCGCGACUACGCCUGCGCCUGACCCCACCACCACCACCAUCACGUCUAAUACCACUACCUCAGGACGCUACAACACAACCAUCCGGCCCCCAACAAGGACCAGAGACCCAAGAACCUACCCAAGAACCUACGAACAGGUCAGAGCCCACAUAGACGCAGUGGUACAACGCCAUGUAAAUUCCAUAGAGGACCCUUCCCAGAUUACACACCUCCCAACGGAUGAAGAUAUAGAGGAGUUCCAGCGCUUUAGUCUAGGACUGAUAAUGGACACUUACUACGAAUAGGGGGGAGUGG